GCGGACUGAUGUUCGGCCUGCACCACCAGGAGGCGGCGGGCGGCAUCCACGCGCAGCCUCGGGGCCCCGUCACCUCGCUCAAGGAGGAACCCCUCACCAGAGCUUGGAUGACACCCACUUCACUAGUUGAUAAUACCAACGUAGGCGUGGGUCGAGCACACUUCGAGAAGCAACCGCCCAGUAACCUGCGCAAGAGCAACUUCUUUCACUUCGUGGUCGCUCUGUAUGACCGGGCGGGACAACCCGUCGAGAUCGAACGCACUGCCUUCAUCGGGUUCAUUGAGAAAGAUCAGGAAGUUGAAGGGCAAAAGACGAACAAUGGAAUCCAGUACAGACUUCAAUUACUUUAUGCAAAUGGUAUUCGACAAGAACAAGACAUAUUUGUGCGACUUAUCGAUUCAGUUACAAAACAGCCAAUCGUGUAUGAAGGACAAGAUAAGAAUCCAGAAAUGUGCAGGGUAUUACUUACACAUGAAGUUAUGUGCAGUCGGUGUUGUGACAAGAAGAGUUGUGGUAACAGAAACGAAACGCCUUCCGAUCCAGUUAUCAUCGACCGGUUUUUCUUGAAGUUCUUCCUGAAAUGCAAUCAGAAUUGUUUGAAGAAUGCUGGAAACCCUCGAGAUAUGAGAAGGUUUCAGGUGGUAAUAUCAACUCAAGUGAUGGUGGACGGGCCUCUCUUAGCGAUAUCGGACAACAUGUUUGUCCACAACAACAGCAAGCAUGGCCGCAGGGCGAAGCGGUUAGACCCAAGCGAAGGUACAGAUGCCGCGACUGACAGUACUUCAGGUCUAUACCCUCCGCUGCCGGUGGCCACGCCGUGCAUCAAGGCGAUAUCACCGAGCGAAGGCUGGACGUCCGGAGGGUCCACAGUUAUCAUAGUCGGAGACAACUUUUUUGACGGCCUACAAGUUGUGUUCGGAACUAUGUUGGUUUGGAGUGAGUUAAUAACAUCGCACGCAAUAAGAGUGCAGACGCCGCCGCGGCACAUACCAGGUGUCGUGGAAGUCACGCUGUCCUACAAGAGCAAGCAGUUCUGUAAGGGCGCUCCGGGGAGAUUCGUUUAUGUUUCAGCGUUGAACGAGCCAACGAUAGAUUACGGCUUUCAGAGGCUACAGAAACUUAUACCGAGACAUCCCGGGGACCCGGAAAAAUUACCUAAGGAAAUAAUACUAAAACGAGCGGCAGACCUAGCAGAGGCACUAUACUCGAUGCCUCGGAACAACCAACUGGGGCUAGGCGCACCUCGGUCGCCGCCCGCGAGCAUGCCUUUCAACUCCUAUAGUGGACAACUAGCCGUCAGCGUGCAGGAUACCGCUGCCUCUCAGUGGACUGAAGAGGAGUACGCGCGCAGCGGCGGCUCGGUGUCGCCGCGGUAUUGCUCGGCCGCCUCCACCCCGCAUGCGGCACCCGCAGCCUACCCGCAUCCGCAGCACUACCCCGCACCGCCGACAUCGUUGUUCAAUACUACGUCACGAAUGGGUGGCUUAGUAUCAUCGCCGUUCAGUGUGAACCCGUUCUCGCUGCCAACUUGCAGUGCUCAACAGUAUGCUCAGACAGCCCCCCUGGCUUCCAAGUAG